AUGAUGCAUCUUCUACUUGACGUCCUUCAAGCUCCUGAUCCAAAUACCUUAGAGUCUUUUCUGGGAAGAAUUCCUAUGGUGUUCAAUGUUGUAAUUGUAUCACCACCCGGUUACUUUGGUCAAGUAAAUGUCCUGGGUUUGCCCGAUACUGGUGGACAGCUUCCUAAUAAUGAGCAGAUUGUUUAUAUACUUGAUCAAGUGCGUGCUUUAGAGAAGGAGAUGCUGGUCAGAAUUCAAAAACAAGGACUUGAUGUGUCUCCAAAAAUUCUGAUCGUUACUAGAUUGAUACCAGAGGCCAAAGGGACAACAUGCAAUCAGAGACUGGAAAGAGUUAGUGGAACUGAGCAUACAUAUAUACUGAGAGUACCUUUUAGAACUAAAAAUGGAAUUUUGAGAAAAUGGAUUUCAAGGUUUGACAUGUGGCCUUAUCUGGAGACAUUUGCAGAGGAUGCAUCAAACGAAAUUGCUGCUGAGUUACAAGGAAUUCCAGAUCUGAUAAUUGGAAACUACAGUCAUGGAAAUCUUGUUGCAACCUUGUUAUCUUAUAAGCUAGGAGUCACACAGUGCAACAUAGCUCAUUCAUUAGACAAGACUAAGCAUCCUGGUUCUGAUAUAUAUUGGAAAAAAUAUGAAGACAAGUACCAUUUUUCUUGUCAAUUCACAGCUGACAUUAUUGCAAUGAACAACGCGGAUUUUAUAAUCACUAGUACAUACCAAGAAAUAGCAGGAAGCAAGAAUAACGUUGGACAAUAUGAGAGCCACACUGCCUUCACUCUUCCAGGACUUUAUCGUGUUGUUCAUGGCAUUGAUGUUUUUGAUCCCAAGUUUAAUAUCGUGUCUCCAGGUGCAGACAUGCGCAUAUAUUUUCCAUUUUCAGACAGAGAAAAGAGGCUAACUUCUCUCCAUGGCUCGAUUCAAAAACUUAUAUAUGGUGAUGAGCAGAAUGAAGAACAUGUUGGCUUGUUAAGGGAUAGAUCAAAGCCAAUUAUCUUCUCUAUGGCAAAACUUGAUCAGGUGAAAAAUAUGACAGGGCUUGUUGAAUGCUUUGGUAAAAGCUCAGAGUUGAGAGAGCUUGUGAAUCUUGUGGUAGUUGGUGGCAACAUUGAUGUACAAAAGUCCAGGGACACAGAAGAAAUGGGGGAGAUAGAGAAAGUGCAUAGCCUUAUAGAAAAAUACAACUUACACGGCCAAUUUCGUUGGAUAAAGGCCCAAGCGAACCGUGCUCGUAAUGGAGAGCUCUACCGUUGUAUUGCUGAUGUGAAAGGUGCUUUCGUGCAGCCUGCUUUUUAUGAAGGGUUUGGCCUAACAGUUGUGGAAGCAAUGACUUGUGGUCUUCCUACAUUUGCCACUUGUCAUGGUGGCCCUGCUGAGAUAAUUGAGCAUGGCGUUUCUGGAUUCCAUAUUGAGCCAUAUCAUCAGGAUCAAGUUGCUGCAAUUUUAAUAAACUUUUUUGAGCAAUGCCAGCAUGAUCCUGGCUACUGGAACCAGAUUUCUGAUGCAGGACUAAGGCGCAUUCAUGAGAGGUCUGGCUUGAUAUACUCUGCGAGGCUUCUCACUUUAGCUGGUGUCUAUGGCUUCUGGAAGCAUGUCUCUAAGCUUGAGAGGAGAGAAACUAGGCGAUACUUGGAGAUGUUUUACAUCCUCAAGUUCCGGGAUUUGGCACAAUCCAUUCCACUGGCAGUCGAUUAG